GGGCGGGGGAGGGAGGAGACGCUGCGGACCGCCGGCUCGUUCGCUCUGCAGGCCAGCGCGGGAGGCGGGGGAGCGCGCGCGCACGUUCGCGCGGCCGGCUGCGUACAGUAGUGACGGCCGCGCGGGAGCGAUCACGUGACCGUAGCGGCUGCCCGUACAGUAAGGACCCAAUAUGGCAGCGGCGGUAGCAGUGGCAACGGCAGCAGGAGGACCGGCCGCCCCAUAGACCCCCCCCGCCCCCCCGCGCACCACCCCGCCGCUUCCUCUGCUUGGGUGCUCCUCCGGCCUGACUUCCCCUUUCUCCCACCUUUCCCGGCACCGCGGGAAAAGCAUCGCAGGGCAGAGCAGGCAGGGAGGGCGGCCGGAGCCCGGACACGGGAGCCUCCCAGUCAGUUCAAGACCCGACAUGAGGGAAAAGGGCCGUAGGAAGAAGGGCAGGACCUGGGCGGAGGCCGCCAAGACGGUCUUAGAAAAAUACCCCAAUACACCCAUGAGUCAUAAAGAAAUUCUUCAAGUUAUCCAGAGAGAAGGACUAAAAGAAAUCAGCGGGACUUCCCCUCUUGCUUGCCUGAAUGCAAUGCUGCAUACAAACUCCCGAGGUGAAGAAGGCAUCUUCUAUAAAGUUCCAGGUAGAAUGGGAGUAUAUACUUUAAAGAAAGACGUGCCCGAUGGGGUGAAAGAGCUAUCAGAAGGUUCAGAAGAAAGCAGUGAUGGUCAGUCAGAUUCCCAGAGUUCUGAGAACAGCAGCAGCAGCAGUGAUGGUGGCAGCAACAAGGAGGGAAAAAAGAGCAGGUGGAAAAGGAAAGUAUCGUCUAGACUGUCGCAGCCAUCCUCUCCCCAGUCAGGCUGCCCAUCACCUAGCAUUCCAGCAGGUAAAGUCAUUUCUCCGUCACAGAAGCACAGCAAGAAGGCACUGAAGCAGGCUUUGAAACAGCAACAGCAAAAGAAGCAGCAGCAACAGCAAUGCAGGCCGAGCAUGUCCAUCUCCUCCAGCCAGCCUCUCUCUCUGAAGACUGUCAAAGCAUCCAAUGACUCUGCACCCACCAAACCUGCAGUAUGGGAAGGAAAGCCGUCUGAUGGGCAGUCAGGCAGCCCUCAGAACUCCAACUCCAGCUAUUCGUGUUCCGUUCAAGUGGAAAAUCCCUUGCUAGGCUUGGGGAAGAAGUCAUUCCAGAGGUCUGACAGGCUCCACACAAGGCAAAUGAAAAGGACUAAAUGUGCUGAAAUUGAUGUUGAGACCCCAGACUCCAUUCUGGUGAAUACAAACCUUCGGGCACUGAUCAACAAGCACACCUUUUCCGUCCUUCCUGGAGACUGCCAGCAGCGACUUCUUCUACUGCUUCCAGAGGUGGAUCGACAGGUUGGUCCAGAUGGUCUGAUGAAGUUAAAUGGCUCAGCCCUUAACAAUGAGUUCUUCACUUCAGCAGCCCAAGGCUGGAAGGAAAGACUCUCAGAAGGUGAGUUUACACCUGAGAUGCAGGUGAGAAUUCGCCAAGAGAUUGAGAAGGAGAAAAAAGUAGAGCCAUGGAAAGAACAAUUCUUUGAAAGCUACUAUGGUCAAAGUUCUGGUUUGAGCCUUGAGGAUUCAAAGAAAUUGACAGCCUCACCCAGCGAUCUCAAAGUAAAGAAAACCCCAGCUGAGCAACCAAAAUCCAUGCUUCCAUCAGAGGCCUCGCCUGUCAGUGUUGUCCCAGGAAUUCCCCAGUUAGGGUCAAAAGAAGAAGUGGUACAAAUGCCAUCCCCAGUAAGAAAAGAAGAGCAUGAAAGCCAAGAUAUGGUGCAACCAAACCCCAAAUCCACAGAGCCCCUGCUUCCCUCAGCAAGCAAUAUGCAAGAGCUUAGCAGUGUUCUCCCCAUCCAGUGCCCAAAGGAUGACAGUUUCUUGGAGCAGAAGCCAGUUGCCUCUGCUGAACAGGAGUCUGAGAAAGAGAAUCAUCUCACCACAGCUCCUAGUUACAACAAAGAUGAAGGCCAAGAAGCUUUAAUUACGUCCCCAAACAAACCCAAGAGUCCCGGGGUGGAAAAACCGGUAAUGAAGCCCAUGGCAGAAACUGGUUCACAGGAGAUCGCAGCAAAAGACCCUCCAUCGGCCCCGGUUGAUCACAGCCCAGAAAGCCUCAAGAGGAAGUCUUGCAUCCAAGAAGAGGGCCCCGUGAGCUGGGAGAAGAGGCCACGUGUCACGGAGAAUCGCCAGCACCAGCAGCCAUUUCAAGUCUCGCCACAGCCCUUUCUCAGUAGAGGGGACAGGAUCCAGGUGCGAAGAGUACCACCUCUCAAGAUCCCGGUCUCCAGAAUCUCCCCCAUGCCUUUUCCUACAUCGCAGGUCUCUCCCAGGGCUCGUUUUCCAGUCUCCAUCACUAGUCCUAACAGAACAGGAGCCAGAACUCUCGCAGACAUCAAAGCAAAAGCCCAGCUGGUCAAAGCACAGAGGGCUGCCGCCGCCGCCGCUGCUGCCGCCGCCGCCGCCGCCGCCGCCGCCGUUGGAGGGACCAUUCCGGGACCUGGCCCCGGGGGCGGACAAGGUCCAGGAGAGGGAGGUGACAGGAAAACUGCUGGAGGAGGGAGUCCAGACUCAGACAGAGGCUGCAAACCUGGAAAGAGCCCCACACUGGAAUUGGCAGGAACUGGAAGCAGGGGAGGUACGAGAGAGCUUUUACCCUGUGGUCCAGAGUCUCAGCCCCAGUCUGAGACCAAGAGCCCAGACCAGGCACAGCCUCCUCGUGUCUCUGGAGCACAACUACAGCAAGCCCCCUCAGGGCCUCCAGCAGCUGCCGGUGGAGGAGCGCACGCAAGCGUCCCCUCUCCAGCCCGCACUGACGCCCCCCCAGCAGCUGUAGGGCAGCUGACGAACGAACGGCUGAAUCCCCCGGGGGCAGCGGCCGCGGUGGCCUCUCUCACCCACCUGCAAGCUCCCGGGACCUGCCGGCAGGAGACCGCGCCCUCUGCGCCCACAGAGCCUGCUCUCCGCUCAGGUGCCUCACCUGUUCGUUUUGUGGCCGAUGGCACCGUCGAGCCCAGUGCAGGUUCUGGUAGGAAUGUGCCAGACCCUUCAGCCUCAGCAGAGACAUCUGCUGGCGCUUCAGCAGCUGUGCCUCCCUCUCCUUUAACAUCUUUAUUGACCGCAGCCACUUUAGAAAAGCUUCCUGUACCCCAGGUCAGUGUAAGUGUAGCACCGACGGGAUCGGCUCCAUCCUCGAGCACUUUGCCAGUAGCUUCUAGCCUUAAAACUCCAGGAACGUCUUCAAAUUUGAAUGGACCCCUGUCAAGGCCAAGCUCUAGUAUCCCUGCGAAUAACCCUUUGGUCACUCAGCUGCUUCAGGGCAAGGAUGUUCCCAUGGAGCAAAUUCUGCCUAAACCUCUCACCAAAGUUGAAAUGAAAACUGUUCCACUGGCCAUGAAAGAGGAGCCGGGGGCAGCAGUGUUCACAGGCAGUGGCGCCGCCGAAAACAGCAGCAGAGAGGAAGGUAGCGAGAGGCAGUGUCUCCCGGCGCUGCAGCAGCUGGGUAAAGCCUUGCCAAGUACGCAGCUCCCCCAGGUUCCAAGACCCCUGCAGCUCUUUUCAGGUAAGGACCUGAGGGACUCUAGCAUCGACGCACACCAGUACCAGGAAGGCCUCAGCAAAGCUACCCAAGAUCAGAUCCUUCAGACUCUCAUCCAGAGGGUUCGGAGGCAGAACGUUCUCCCAUUUGUGCAGCCCUCCCAGUUCAACUUCACUCACUCAGGUUUCCCGUUAGAAGACAUCUCCACAAGCCAGAGGUUCAUGCUGGGUUUUGCUGGCAGAAGGACAUCGAAGCCUGCAAUGGCAGGUCACUACUUACUUAACAUUUCCACCUAUGGCCGGGGUUCAGAGAGCUUGAGGAGGACCCAUUCUGUAAACCCCGAAGACCGUUUGUGUCUAAGUAGCCCCACAGAGGCCUUGAAAAUGGGAUACACAGACUGUAAAAAUGCCGCCGGAGAUAGCAGCAGCGGCAAAGAAGAUACCGACGAGGAAAGUUCUGGUGACGAGCAAGAAGCCAUCAUGGUGAAGGAGGAACCCCAGGCUGCCCAGGGUCCUGGCAAGUGUGAAGCAAGUUCGGGAACCCACAGCAGAGAAGCCCUCUCCGCCAGUGAUUGUUUGGCAAAAAAGAACGUGAAGGCGGAGACACCUGUGCACGAGCAGACCACAUUAAGCAAGGAGAAUUACCUGUUCACGAGGGGCCAGACAUUUGAUGAAAAGACGCUAGCCAGAGAUUUUAUUCAGGCCGCCCAGAAACAGAUGGCCCAUGCGGUGAGAGGCAAGACGAUGCGUAGCAGCCCUGAGCUUUUCAGUUCGACUGCCCUUCCUCCGACCGCAGACAGUCCUACCCAUCAGCCUCUCCUCCUCCCGCCGCUGCAGACCCCGAAGCUGUACGGAAGCCCCAGCCAGAUCGGGCCAAGCUACAGAGGCAUGAUCAAUGUCUCCACCUCGUCCGACAUGGACCAUAACUCGGCUGUCCCGGGGAUGCCGGACUGUAGCCAGGUGGCCAGCAACGUAGGCGAUGUCAUGUCCUUUUCGGUGACUGUCACUACCAUCCCUGCUAGCCAAGCGAUGAAUCCCAGCAGCCAUGGCCAGUCCAUUCCGGUUCAGGCCUUUUCAGAAGAGAACAGCAUAGAGGACACACCUUCGAAAUGUUACUGCCGAUUGAAAGCCAUGAUCAUGUGCAAGGGGUGUGGAGCGUUCUGCCACGACGAUUGCAUUGGCCCCUCGAAACUUUGUGUCUCUUGCCUUGUCGUUCGGUAACAAGACUAGAAAGAGGAUACCUGGGGAGGAGGCAGGGAGGGAAGGAUUGAUGAGAUGUGGGGUCUUUUGCGUCCUUUCGGAAUCACAGAAAUAAAUAAGUAGGUUUCAGUUGUCUUAAGAGACAAAUGUUACUUAAUCAGGAAUACAGAGUACAGAUCUUACAUUAUAGAGGAAGAGCACCUUGUAUAGUAAGUCUAGGUCAAGCAAGACUUCGUGAAUUUGUGACAAGUUUGCACUUACGAAAUCAUGUAAAUAUGUCACAUUUUGUUUUAACAUUGUUUUCCCAAGUGUUUAGGUAAUGAUGUAUUUGAAUUCAGAUUUAUGUUCUGCUUCACGUGACUCUGAGAAAAGUUUAAUGCCAUGCAUGGUUAAAGGAAGCGGUCUCUCUUCUCUCCCUUUCCUAAGAGGCCAGGGAAAGGAAGGAAUGAAGGAAUGGUCUGGAGAAAUGACCAUUCCAAGCUGAUUAUGUCAUGUCGGGCUGACUGCAGGCUUUACAUAAGAUUAUUCAGCCUUGGCGGGAUUUGGAUUCAGGGUUUACUCCAUCCCUUUACCUUAAACAGAACCUCUUAAGUUCAAAUUUUUGAUACUGUUUUAAUUUUACAGGUAGUAAUUCAGACUCUGAAAGCUCUUGACCUGGUUCUUGGCUUCCACAAAUGAGUACUGUCGCCAAGCUCUCUGCUGGCAAUUCAUGUCCCCCACAAGAAUUGAGGGCGCCCCGCCCUCAAGGCCCCCUGCCCUGCCCUGAGAACGUGAAUAUGGCCCAGGAUGGGUAUGCACCCCCACACCCUGGCCCCUGCUGUUAGCGGGGCCUGUGCGGGGCAGCAGUUCUAGCAGUAACAUCCAGGAACUCAGUCACGGGCGCUUACAAACAUGGGGGUGGUGGGGGGCAUGCUAGGAGAGCAGGAGCAAAGAGUGUUAGGGACAGGGUGAUUUGAACUGUGCGUUUGGUUGGGCAGGGCCUCAAAAAGUGCAGGAACUGAACAUAAAGAAUUUCGGAAAACGAUUUUAACACUAGAAGCAAGGUAGCCUCUCUCUUCCUCUUCUUGCCCAACCCUGUUCCCUCACGGUCUGUAGUCCAAUGUUGUGCAGGAGGGAAAGCGCCUUGUUGCCACAUUUGCCUGUUCUGUUAAGCCUGUUUUGACCUCCCAGGCAUCUGAGGAGUGAUCUUACUAGAUACUACUUUGAACACAAUGUGUGUGUGUACGUACACACACACACAAACACACAUACACACACACAGAGUAAAAGUUAGACACUUCUGCUGUUCUAAAAAACAUAUCCUCUGUUUUAGAUUACUGCUGUCUAUGCACUAGGAAUCUCUAAUGUAAAGGGCUUCAGUAAAUGGUUAAGGGAACAUCUAGAAAGGAAGAGAAAUUAACUCCAAAGUUUGUUGCUUGUUUUUGUUGGUUCUUUUUGGUUUUCCUUUGUUGUUUUUUAAAUCUUGUCGCCAGUGACUGAAGAGUUUUUGAGAACAUACAUUUAGGUCCUGGUUAAAGAACAUUAAAAUGAAUCUACAGUUUGCCACAAUUCGGUAUUGAAGAAUUGGGUAUUGCAUUGUGCAUCAUUUGCAUAUUGAUUUCAAGUUUCCCGAUUUCAAGUGUGUAAAGUAAGAAUAUUACUGCAGCCUAGUACACUUACGGCUGUGCUUAGUGUUCAGGAUGUGAUACUUACCAAGUGCAGAACAGUGUAAAUUUACUAAGUCACAUUCCAGAUUAGGAGAAAGUAGACAGUAAUACUCUUUGCUCGCCCCGUUCUGUUCCCCAUUCUUCCCCUGUAUGCUUUUAAUACUUUUGAACCCCAUAAGAAACCUAUUUGACUGUUUUCAGUUUUUGCUUCUGUUAUUUUUUGUGGCUCAAGGCAAAUACGAGAUUAUUUGUUCUAGUUUUAGCCAAGACAAUAGGAUGUCCUCCUUAACUUCCCUUUUUCUUCCAGCACACACAUAGCUAAAAAAUACGAAGGCUCCAAGGAUCCUGGGAUAAGGAGUAAGUUCUUUAGCCACGAUCCAGUAAGAAAGAAACAUGGUUCGGUUCCCCAAACUUUCAGUACUCGGGGUAGAUCCAAGGGCAGGGGCGAAAAGGACCUAUUAUUGCUGGUUAAAACUCUCCACGCUCAGCUUCUUCACUCCCCACGCCAGUGCCAGGCCUGAGGGCUGGUCUGUGUGCUGGAAGUGCCUGAGUAUUUCAGAACUGACUCCGUGCUCAAUGUGAAUUACCAAUUCGGAUUGAUCAAAGUGAACUUUCUUCUUUACACCUUUCCUGUCACAGGAAGCCUCUCCUCCGCAGUUCCUCUAAUGUGCGGUUGGACAGACUGACCAGGAGAGGAGGAGAGGGAUCAGGGAUUUUCACGUCCAUUGGGAGAGCAAACCGUAUCGUGCCUCUUCUUCUUGACCAGGCUCUUGCAGAUCGGUCCUAAGCAUUAUUAUUCCCCAGAUUCUCUUAACAACUAAUACUCAGCUAAUAAAAUACUUGCAUUUGUGAAUGUCCCUAAAACAGGAUUUGUCAGCUAGGUACACUGCCUCAAUCUUGACCGAAUGAGAGACUGGGUUCUCUAGGGUUGGUAGUAAAUUGAAUACAACCUGUUUGUCUGUGUCACAACAGUGGUUUCAGGUAGAAGGUCAUUCAUUCUCAGAGCUGAGCAGAAAAACAACAGCAGCAAUCCAAACACGUUAACAGUCUGGCCCUUUUGAAAAUGAAGCAGUAGAAACAAGAAAAAUCUUCAUAUGAUUGAGAGCAUGGUACACCGGUAUCUUUAAAGCAGUUUUUUUGUCUUAGGUUUUCGGAGUUGCUCUACCUUUCAGCUCAAUCCGAAAGGUUGCUAAUAAAUGCUGAGCUUUUUUUUUUUUUUUUUUUUUUUUUUUUUUUUUUAAAUGGCAUUUAGUUGCACUAUUUCCAGUGACUAGUCAGGCAUUAUGCCUGAUGCUUAUGCCUCCAGGGUAUGCUUUUCGAGCCUGAGCCUUCCGCUACCUUCCAUUGUAGGUCACCCUGGGGAGAUAGCAUUAACAAUAACUAUGUCAUCUCAGUCUUAAUGACUGUUCUGAGUUGUCUACUAGUAGAGAAGGCUCCCUGAAUCUGAAAAAAAGAAAAAUUUUGAUAAAAAUUCUCCAUCCUGUUAAACAACCUGGGGUGGUUUGCCCUACUUUUCCUUAACCCCCGUGCUCAAGACGCCGAGACUAUCCUUGGUAUCCCCUGUAACAUUUCUAAGAAUAAGAUCUGGCAAAUGGGACAUUUUUCUUGGAGAAGGGGAAGUAUAUUUGCAUGGGCUGGCAAGGCACCCAGCUGUAGGGGUUUUAGGAAUUAUCUCAUUCAAAUAGCCAAAGGAAGACCUCCUUGUCUUCCCGGGGAGGGUGUAUAAAUCCAUACAUACUGAUAACUGGACAGUUACCAUCCUAAUCGUUUAUUACUGCCUUUCUCCGCCUUAGAGCCCUUAAAAAACUCUUGGGUGAAAUGAUUUGUUAUAAUGAGGGGGGUCCUCUCUGGUCAUUACGCCACUAUUUAUUUCUAGAACUCUUUAUCAGUGAGCAGUGCCAGGGUUUCUCUGGGAUCUAGAGGUUGCUUUUCAUAGCACAGAGGGAGAAGUCCCCGUUGCAUUGCAGCAACGGGCUAAGUAAAUACUUGGCCAACGGUAGUUUUCAGCUCAAUUUAUAGAAUAGUCCAAAGAGACUGAGAAACAUGAUGAUGGGCAGGGAUCUUUUCCUACCAUGUUUCAAUACCUACGUACCUAUUGAAAGGGAACAAUAGGUAAAACAUUUCCUAAAGUUGAAGUAAGAGCUUCAUAGAUUCUUGGUUACUUUAUUUUUUUUAAUGCUUUACAUUUGAUACAACUAUUAAAGAUCAAUUUUAAAAAUAGCUUUCCAGUAAUAUAUUUUAAGUAAUAUAUAUUUUAAUAUCUAUGUAAAAAGUGACAGUGGAAGACUUCGAUUUCUCAUAUAUGGUAUGUUUAUGUAGGACCUCACUGUUAAGGCACAAAUUAUUACAAAGGAAGUUACUCUAAAGACACUCAGAUUAUUUCCAAAAAAAUGCAAUAAGGGGAAUAGUUUUGGAGUUUAUUUUUUAUUUUAAAAGAAAAUCGACUUAUUUACCACAAGCUAUUUUUUUUCCUUUGGGCUUAUAAGGUUUGUACAGACUGGUUUGGUAAAUGCUAAACUUUUGUGUCUUUUGCCUUUUUAAAGGAAUUGUUAACAUUGGAAUUGAGGGUAUGUACAGAGAAGUUGGUGUCAACACCAUUUAAAAAGUCAUAUUUUUUCACAGAUAUAGAAAAAUCAUUUUACAUAAGAAUUUUAAGUAUUUGCAAUAAAUAUAUGUAUAUAGAUUGUAUGUAUUCAUAUAUUCUUAUUUUUCAUUUUAUUAUUAAGUAAAAGAUAAUUAAAGUGAAAAUAAAAACCUUGGAGUUUUUGGUGAAUCUUGAGGUCUGACACCCAUCUGAGAGCGGGGCGGGAAGGGCUCUCAGCCGUUGCCUUAUAUUUCCGUUGGAAGAUUACUGCAGAUUGUCCCGAAGAGUAAAAUGAGAGAUUCGGUGAUAAACAGUUCAGGGUAGCACAUUUCUUUCAGAACUCUAGUAAAAAUAUUAAAUCUGCCUAAUCUGUCUGUCUCUGUUUUCACCCUUCAACUGUUCCGUCUCUUAACCAUGGGAUGUUAUUGGGAACUUCAAAAACAAAUACAAAAACAUGGUGCGUGCAUUUUUUUUUUUUUUUUUUUUUUAAUGUGCCCAGUAUUUGCUUCUAAAACAAAGAAUGGUUAAGAAAAUAUCUCAGGGGUAAAGAUGGGUUUUUCAUUCUCAACAGUGGUUAAUAAUUCCUUAGCAAACAUUCACUGCCACCAGCUUCCAGGUGUAGGGGUAUGUGAAGAAACAAUGUCAUGAAGACCAUCGAAAACUUGUUUUCUGUUUCCCAGUUCUUCUCUUAGAAGUGAGUUUCUUAACCAGUUCUAUAUCCUUCCUGAUUGGUCCAGAGAGGGAGUUUCUUAACAAGUUUAGGGCUUUUCCUGAUUGAUCCGGAAAGCUAGAAGAGCUAGGAGAACUUGGAUUUUGAUCUCACUAGUGUCAUAAAGGGAAUUUAUGCAAACAAGGACUGAGCCAGGUACUAAGAAGGCUUAAUUCCCCUUAGUCCUCAUACCUACAGAUAGCCUGGAUCCUGCUGUUCAAGAGAAUUUUGUGGUUGCAAAAACUUGGUUUUCGGAUAUAAUUGAAGGAGCAGAAUGGUACCUAGAUAGUCUUUGGUCACAAAGGUAUCUAGCCCAUUCUUUAAAAAUGAAUAUAGACUGGAUGAAAUAAAAAAUGUCAGAAUUUCAUGAAUGUAUCUUAGUGACCCAUGAAACUGACUUUUUGUUCUAGUUCCCUAGUUCUCCCCAUAAUCGCUCAGCUGUGAUUAUUUUCACUGAUAAAAAGAGCAUAUUUUGGAAAUUAAUAAGGAUACAAGAAUGCUGUUUAAAAGAUCGCCUUGUUAUUUUUCAAAAAUUGAAAUUUCAAACAUUGUUGCCCAAAGACAUUGAAGAUCGUUUACCAGUCCAAGAGAACAGCAUUCUAAAUCUUUGCUGAAAAUAUGCUUUUUCUAAAGGAGAAUUCUUAUGUCUCAGGGAACAUCUGCAUCCAUGUAAUUCCCAUAUAUAAUAGGAGUGAAAGUGAAAUAUUUAAAUGUGUGUGAACCAGCCCAUUAUGGCCGUUUCCAGACAUGUACUCCCCUACCCCCAGCUUGGCGUUUCUUGUAGAUAUUUGUAAUUAUUUAAAUGGGCCUCCUACCUCAUCAGAAGUGAAAUUCAUAUUCAGGUUAAUGACCUAGGGGCCUAAAUGUAUAGUUAGUUGAUCUGCAGUUGAAUGAAAGAAUGAUCUACUAGAACACAACUUCAACUGGACUCCCCAGUCAUCCGUUAUUUACAUCACAGUCCAGAGAGCUGUGUUCGAUGAUUUGACACUACUUGACCACAAGUGGUUUUAAGAAAUAGGAUUUUUACAUAAUGUUUUUUAGCUGGUUUUGUGUACAAAUCAUGUUAUUCACUAGCUCACAUAAUUCUGGGAGCACCUACUAUGUGGUAAGCACUGUACUAAGGUUCGGGUUCUGCAGGGGUAAACAAGCAGCCAUAUGAAUUGUAAAAGGUAUUCCUAACAAGGUAGAGGCCAUACAGCAUGUGUCUAGUUUGGGGCUCAAGGGGUACUGUGUGCUGCCUGUUUCCCAAGCAAAUUGAAGGAAAUUGAAGUGUAAAUGAGUUAUCGAAGGGAAGCGUUUGAGACCGUGGAUGAAACAUUGACAAAACAUGAAGUAAGUUAAGGAAAGGCAUUGCCCCUAGUGAAAUAACAAUGUGGACUGAAGAUCCGUGUUAAUAAAAUUUACCUUUUCUGAAAACAAUCACUGGAAGAUGGAGAAUUUUUUUUUUUUAAAUUUAUUUGACAGAGAUCACAAGUAGGCAGAGAGGCAGGCAGAGAGAGAGAGGAGGAAGCAGGCUUCCCACAGAGCCAAGAGCCCAAUGCUGGGCUCCGUCCCAGGACCCUGGGAUCAUGACCCGAGCCCAAGGCAGAGGCUUUAACCCAUUGAGCCACCCAGACGCCCCUGGAAGAUGUAGAAUUCUUAAUAGAAACUUCAAGAAAUUUCUUAGUAACGUCUCAGUUGAAGAGAAUCCCUUUCAAUUAAUCUGGUCAGUGCGUCCGGGAAGAUACUAAAGAUGAUAGUAACUAACCCUUUCUAAUAACCAUUAGAUAAAUAAUGCAGCAUGCUUGUCACUGAUGUUCAAACUGAAAGGAAACUAAAGGGAAUUGAAACUUAACCUUGAUUUUUAUCUUGUACUCUGUUGAGAAGUGUAUCCCUUCAUUUUAUAUUGUUAAAGAGAUGUUGCAUCCGUGUUUUUUUCUCCAUAAUGGAUAAAAUUAGUGUACAGAGUUUUAUUCUAAUACUGUAGAAUUGGCUCCCCCACCCCAUCUCUAAUCACAGAACUUGAAUUACAAGAAACUUCAACAGGACUCUACCCCUUUUUUAGUGGCCUAAAUUCCCAGUUCUUCCUUUGAGAAUUUCUAGUUAAAAAAAAAAGUUUUUAAAGGAUAAAUCGUUGUAUUUUGUUAGUCCUUAUUCUUGAAUUUUCCUUACCAUUUAUUGUUGACUUAGGUUGUUGGAUUUGUAAGUCAAAUUCUACACGCCAAAAUAGCCAUAUUCACCUUUCAGUCAAAGAGGUAUUUGGCGAAGUCCACCGUGAAAUGCCUCAGCUUUGUCCAGGAAGUAGCACGGUGGGUAUCCUGUAUUUUCCUAAUACUUGUUGACCUUACACAGAAGAUUGGUUUUUUUCUAUCAAGACUGUUUAAGGAAUCUCUAUACCUCCUUGGAGCUUUCAGUCUUACCUGUUGAAGGGCAUCCCUAGAAAGACUUCCUUGUAACAGGAAGGAGGGACUGGGUCUGCAGGGGGGAGCCAGAGAUGACCAGGCUGUGGAGAUGGGCUAUGACCAGACAGGUAGUUCUCCUGAAGAAUAACUUCCACAAUGUUCCUGUUCUUCUAACUCAAAAGAGGCUAAAGGGAAAUUAAAAACCUGCUGAUUCCCAUCUUGGCUACAAAACCCAGAAAAUGCCUAAGGGAGAAGAAAGGUAAACCCAAGAUUGGAUUUAAAAUAGGUUUAAAUAAACUUUCAAUUAUUCUUAACUUACUCUUUUACGACAAUUUUGUAAGGUUUUAGGUUCACAUAAUGUUAAAUUGCCAUGAUUAGAACAUUGAUUUGAGACGUUUUAUGUGUUAAGUGAUGGUUUUCUAUUGAAUUAUCCAGUGGCAGCUUUUGCUGCUGAUCAGGAUUUAGGGUUGGGCACGGGUUUCUGUUAAAUAAUGCCCACAUUGCUCAUAAACACUAUUAAGCCAACUUGAGUCAACACUUAAUUUUAAUAAUUUCAAUCAUGGAUCCUCUUCUUAAAUAUUUAAAAUUUAAUCCAAUAAGAAAGAAAUGCAUUAAAUUUUAUCAAAAUAUUUGAAGAUACUUUAGAACUAUUAUUUUACACAGCCUAUUUCCUUUCUAUGGGAAGUGUGGUACAAAAAAGCUUUACUUUUUUGCUUGCUUUCCAAAAGCCAGCGUCUGAUGUUUUCAGAUAGCUAAAGCUUGGGAAUGAUAGAGUUGGGCUGGCCCUAAGUCAUCAAUUCUCCUUUUAGGUUUUCUAGCAAUAGCAAUUUGAAGACACGGGUAGGGACCCCAGCUAAACCUGCAUUAAUCACUUAACACCAACUUAAAAUUAAUGAAACUCCCACAGAGUCUCAUAUUUGGUUUCCCCUUUAUUUUGUAAGGAGAUAGACUCUGGGCUGGGAAGAAGCUGAUAAUUUGUUAUUUGAUAAUAAACUACUGAUUCUUCAAUCAAGUUCUUAUUAAAUUCACAAAACUCAUAGAAUCCAUGAAAGAUCUCGAGUACAUGAUUAAUGAAACUUUAGACAUUAAAACCUUUCUCUUAGUCCUAAGUGCUAUGACCUGUUUUUUUUUUUUUUUUAAACCAUCGUAAUCCUGUGACUCACUGCAUCACACCCCAAAACUUUCACCAGCACCAAGAGAAAUCAGAAUGGAAGACAUGACCUUAGGCUGGUCUUGCUCACUUUAAAAUCUGUGCACACAGGCCUUAGCACUUUGACAGACAAAACUCUGCCUUUUAGCUCCCUCUCACUAUCGUCUUUAUUCCUCUCACUUCUAGACUGUUCCUUGUCUUGGUUGUAUAAAACUACCUUCCUCAGAAUUGAAUGUAUAAUGUUUCUGCACAUGGGCAAAUUGUAUUUUCUCCUAAUGACUCAUUUAAGUUGAAUAAAGGCAUACAGUUUUACUCUA